AUGCCGCGGUCAGUACACAUUGCAUACGGUAAAUCGUGAGUGUGAGAUACUGACAGAUCCAGUGAGAUCAUCACGCUCCAGGCAGGCCAGUGCGGCAACAGCGGUAGGCCCUUCAAUCUGAACCUUUCCCCAGUCGCAGACUGACAUUCCCCUAGUUGGCUCACAAUUCUGGCGGCAGCUCUGCCAGGAGCACGGCAUCAACCAGAACGGAAACCUCGAAGAUUUCGCGACAGAGGGCGGCGACCGCAAAGAUGUCUUCUUCUACCAAUCCGACGACACGCGAUACAUCCCUCGCGCUAUCUUGCUCGACUUGGAGCCAAGAGUGAUCAAUGGCAUCCUCAGUGGGCCGUACAAGAACAUCUACAACCCAGAGAACUUCUACGUACACAAGGAGGGGACCGGCGCGGGGAAUAAUUGGGCUGCAGGAUACGACAUGGGCGGGCAGGUCUCGGACGAAGUGCUGGACAUGAUUGAUCGUGAGGCAGAUGGCAGCGACAGCCUUGAGGUCAGAACUAUAAGGGACAGUGGUCUUUCGCCGAUGGCUAAAUAUCAGUGCAGGGUUUCAUGUUGCUGCACUCGAUUGCUGGCGGUACCGGGUCUGGUCUAGGCUCCUUCCUGCUUGAGCGCCUCAACGACCGGUUCCCCAAGAAGAUCAUCCAGACCUAUUCGGUGUUUCCAGACACACAGAAUGCUGGUGAUGUGGUCGUUCAGCCGUACAACUCGCUGCUCGCACUGCGCAGAUUGACGCAAAACGCCGAUGCUGUUACAGUCCUCGACAAUGGCGCACUAUCCAGGAUCGCCGCAGACACUUUGCACGUUCAGGAGCCUUCAUUUGAGCAGACAAAUCAGCUUGUCAGCACCGUCAUGUCAGCUGCCACGACGACACUGAGAUACCCUGGUUACAUGCACAACGACCUGGUGGGCAUUGUAGCCAGCUUGAUCCCAACUCCACGUUGCCAUUUCCUCCAGACAAGCUUCACACCAUUCACCGGAAACAAUGUCGACGCUGCCAAGACAGUCCGGAAGACAACUGUGUUGGAUGUCAUGAUGCGCCUGCUCCAACCGAAGAACCAGAUGGUCUCUGCCAAGCCAAGCAAGAACAGUUGUUACAUUUCGGUUCUGAAUAUCAUCAUGGGCGAAGCAGACCCCACCGACGUAAGUUGCACUGAUGUUCAGACUGACAAAGGAAACUGACAGUGACUAGGUCCACAAAUCUUUGCUGCGUAUCAGAGAGCGCAAUCUUGCCUCCUUCAUUCCCUGGGGCCCCGCCAGCAUCCAAGUUGCCCUGACUCGCACAUCUCCUUACACUCAACCACCCUACACCUCUCGCGCCCCUUCACGAGUAUCUGGAUUGAUGCUUGCGAAUCAUACCGGUAUUGCAACGCUGUUCAAGCGAAUCGUUUCCCAAUACGACAGAUUGCGCAAGCGAAACGCCUUCCUGGAACAGUACAAACGCCAUGAGACCUUCCGAGAUGGGCUUGAUGAAUUCGACACCUCCAGGGAGAUCGUUAUGGAUUUGAUUAACGAGUAUGAGGAGGCAGAGCGUGCUGACUAUCUCUCGGGCGGUGGGAAGGACGAGUCCGCGAAUGGUGGCGCAUCUGACUCACGGACCGAUGGCAUCACGGGUCGUUGA